UCUAUACACAAAUCUGUGUCCACAGCAAGGGAGUUGUUGUAUUUGGUUGAUCGGCAUCUUAGAAACAGGUCAUCCUUGUCAAAAAUCGCCAUUCGAGCUCUUGAGGAUUGCCAGCUCCUAGCAGAGCUGAAUAUGGAUUUCUUGUUAAGCUCUUUCAAAACUGUCAAUUCCACGAACUCUCUCGCUAGCUUCCAAACUGACAAUGUCCAGUCCUUGCUUAGUGCCAUAUUAACUAACCAGCAAACUUGCUUAGAUGGCCUUAAGGCUACGCCAAUGGCUUGGAGUGUCAAGAGUGGUCUUUACAACUGUCUUUCUAAUGGAACCAUGAUGUACAGUGUUUCUUUGGCACUCUUUACCCAUGGUUGGGUUCAUGAGAAGAAUAAAGCUAAACCUGGGAGGAACCUCUUCUCUCCUCAAAAUCAUCACUUACCUCUUACAAUGUAGAGCAACCCCAAUCAAGCAAUCUAUGUCAACAUUCGUGGGAGGACACUAGUGCAGACAACCAUGGGGAAUAUCACAGUUAGAGACACCGUGGUUGUGAGACAGGAUGGAAAAGGAAAUUUUUCCACCAUCAAUGAUGCCGUGGCUGGAGCUCCAAACAAAACCAGCAUCAACAGUGGAUACUUUGUAAUUCAUGUUGCUGCUGGAGUCUAUGCAGAGUACAUAUCAAUUGAUAAGAACAAGAUGAAUAUUAUGAUGAUAGGCGAUGGCAUCAAUAAAACUGUGAUCACAGGCAACCGAAGUGGCAACGAUGGGUGGACUACAUUCAAUUCUGCAACCUUUGCUGUGGCUGGACAAGGGUUCGUUGCAGUUAAUUUAACUUUCCGCAACACUGCAGAAGCAAUCAAGGGUCAGGCUGUGGCAGUUCGAAAUGGUGCUGAUUUAUCGGCUUUCUAUAAUUGUAGCUUUGAAGGGUACCAAGAUACCUUGUACGCCCAUUCCUUAAGGCAAUUCUACAGGGAGUGUGACAUAUACGGGACAGUAGAUUUUAUAUUUGGUAACGCUGCUGCGGUUUUCCAGAAGUGUAAUAUUUAUGUGCGCCUGCCCAUUCAUGGACAAGCUAAUACCAUCACGGCACAAGGUAGAUCAGACCUAAACCAGAACACUGGAACUUCUAUUCAAGAAUGUUACAUCAAAGCAGCUUCAGACCUGGCUUCUAGCAAUGCUGGUACUAAGACAUACCUAGGAAGACCAUGGAGGCAUUACUCUAGGACGAUCUUUAUGCAAUCCUUCCUUGAUAGCUUGAUAAAUUCUGCAGGUUGGUCGGGUUGGGGUGACAAUACUACAUUAAGUACACUAUAUUAUGCGGAGUUCAACGAUACAGGGCCUGGAUCAAGUACAGCAAACAGAGUUAGAUGGCCUGGAUACCAUGUGAUCAAUGCUACAGAAGCAGCCAACUUCAGUGUUUCUAACUUUAUACUUGGGGAUAAUUGGUUGCCUGCAACAGGAGUUCCUAAUAGUGGUGGUUUGUAAUGGAGAAAACUUUUUGGAUUUCUAAUUUUUUUGUUGCUUGGGUAGGUAGAGUUUUGGUCUCAAUUCUAGAUCACAAGGCAAAACUGCCAAAAUGUUAUCUUGAUGUCUUUACUCCUUGGAGAGUUAUUAACACUCUAUAAUUUAAAUAAUUUUGUAUCUU